AUGGCAGCAGAGCGCAGAUCUGUAGCCGCCUGGGCUGUCCAGCUGGAUUCCGUGCCAGAGGAUGGAGUGAAGACUGAGGCAGCGGAGGACAUGUCGGAAUCUGACCCAGGCAAAGCUGCAGUGAAAGGCCCUCUGGCUAUCCGCUUGGAGAACAUGGACAGAUUCUGGGAAGAAACUGCACUGGACCAUAUUAAGCGGGAACCUGAGGGAGGGCCUCAGGAGUGCUGGGAAGCUCAGUGGCAGAGAUUCCUAAAGGCCGUGUGGUCUGCUCAGCCUGAACCAGGAAACAUGCGGCUGGGGAGGGACGGCCCGAGAGACAUCGAUCCUCAGGCUGAUUUGGCUCCCUUGGAGGGGGAAUUGGAUGGGAGGCUGCAGCCUGGGCGAGACCAGGCGGCCCAAGUCUUGCCUGGCCCCGACAGAGAAAGCCACCAGCCUGCCCACAGCAUUUUGGCCAUGGACAAGGCAGAUUUCGGAGAAGUGAAGGAGGAGAUCCCAGACGAGGCGGCCACCACCCUGGAAGUGGAGCGGCUCUGCUUCCGGCAGUUCCGCUACCAGGAGGCUGAGGGCCCCCGGGAGGUUUGGGAGAUGCUCUGGAAGCUCUGCCAUCGGUGGCUGAAGCCGGAGAGGCACACCAAGGAGCAGAUCCUGGAGCUGGUGAUCCUGGAGCAGUUCUUGGCCAUCCUGCCCCAGGAGAUGCAAGGCCGGGUCGGAGAAGGUAGGCCGGAGACUUGCUUUCAGGCAGUCGGCCUGGUGGAGGAUUUCCUGGAGAGGCAGGAAGAGAACGAGCGACCGGAACGACAGGCCCUGUGGAGAUUCAAGGAGGAAGCUGGUGAUUCCCCUGAGGCAGGUGGGGCUCUGUCGGACUCCGGUGAGUGGCCGCUCUUCAGAGAGGUCAAGCAGGAGGACACGGCUGCCGAUGUCCCUUUGCUAGGUGGCGAGAGGACAUUUUGGAAGGAGAAGAAUAUGCUGGUCAAUUCUGAAGGUGAAGUACAUUGGAUGCUGCCAGGGAGAACAGAACAGACCAUUUCACGAUACCCUGACUGGGGAGAAACUUCUGAAAACCAGCAGGAAGCUUGGCCCCAUAAUGAAGAAGGCGAAUCCAUUCAUUUUCAGCUCCCUGCAAUGCCAAUCCAGCAAAGAAUUCUCAAAGGCGAGAUAUGUACUGAGUGUGGAAAAUCCUUUCGAUGUAAGGCAGAGCUCACUGAACAUCAGAGAAUGCAUUCAGGAGAGAAACCUUACAUGUGCCCAGACUGUGGGAAGAGCUUCUGCAGGAGGAAUGUCUUGGUUGCGCAUCAGAGGAUCCACACUGGGGAAAAGCCCUUUAAUUGCCGAAACUGUGGGAAAAACUUCAAUCAGCGAUCACAUCUUACAGCUCACGAAAGAACUCACACGCAAGAGAACCCCUUUGAUUGCCCUGACUGUGGACAAAGCUUUAGCAGGCGAACUGGACUUGUGGCUCAUCAGAGAAUACACACGGGAGAGAAGCCCUAUCAUUGCCCAGACUGUGGGAAAAGCUUCAGGCAGAGAUUCGACCUUAUUCGACAUCAAAGAAUCCACACAGGUGAGAAACCGCAUGAGUGCCCUGACUGCACCAAAAGCUUCAGGAACAAGUCAGCUUUCCUUGUGCACAGGAGGAUCCACACAGAGGAAAAACCAUACCCAUGUUCAGGUUGUGGGAAAAGCUUCCGCCAUCGCACAAACCUCCUUGCGCACGAAAGGAUUCACACAGGAGAGAAGCCAUACAAGUGCACAGAAUGUGGAAAGAGCUUUGGCGAUGGGUCAUCCCUUAUGAAACACAAGCGAGCCCAUACAGGGGAGAAGCCCUUCCAGUGCCCUGACUGUCCUAAAAGUUUCAGGGACAAGUCAGCUUUUGUUGUACACCAGAGGACACACACGAGGGAGAAACCGUAUCAUUGCUCAGGCUGUGGGAAAAGCUUUAGCCACCGCUCUAACCUUCUUAAGCACGAAAGAAUCCACACUGGGGAGAAACCGUACAAGUGCUUGGAAUGUGGGAAGGGCUUCACUCAGAAGCCAAAUCUCCUUGUGCACGAGAGGACACAUCUGAAAGAGAAAGCGUAGAUUUUCUCAGAGGGUGGGGAAUGCCACCUCACUAGGCAUCAGUGGAGGAGCAAAUAGCUGAAAAAUAAAUAAGGUCACAAGUCUCCUUUUAGAGAUGCUCCAGUCUCUUGGCAUUUCCUGCCAUUAUUGAACGGCAAAGAGGAAAGUCAGGAGAAGUGUGUGUGUGUUUAUU